CUUUUUUGGCGCGCUGCCUACCAACACUCAGCUGGGAAGACCCGCUUCGUCACAAAAACGGCAGACAGGAAACGUUACUGUUUGUCGUCCAAGAAGCGUUGAAAUCUUGAUAUAACUACUUAAAGUUUCCCUAACACAAUGUCCAUACCGAGCAGCAAAUAUGAAAAAUCUAGUCGUCAACCAGCAAUUUUAUCCCGAAAGCGAAAAGCAGAAAGUGAAUUUGAAGUAACUUCAUCUUCAUCAGAAUUUUCCUCGCCCUUGUCUUGUAACAGUCAUAUAAAAAGUAGCUGUGAAGAUACUCCUUCAACAGACACAGACACUGAGGAGCAUAAACCUCAUGCAUUCAGUGAAUUUCGUGGACUUACUACUACCACAAUGAAAACUUUUUCCUAUACUUGUAGACGAGCUUGUCCUCUUCCCAACUUGGAUUGGGCUGAAGAAAAAGAACUAUGGCAUUCCAUGGUUCUGAAAGACACACUCUAUCGUAGAGAUAGCGAAGUUCUACAGAGGCAUCCUGAGUUAGAACCUAGAAUGAGAGCUAUUUUAUUGGAUUGGCUAACAGAGGUAUGCGAGGUUUAUAGGUUACACAGAGAAACAUUUUAUCUUGCACAGGAUUACAUUGAUAGGUUUCUAACAGAGAAGCCAAAUCUGCCAAGAAAUUCCUUACAACUGCUUGGUGCGACUGCUUUAUUUGUUGCUUCUAAAAUGGAGGAAAUAUAUCCUCCUAAGUUGGAACAAUUUGCUUUUGUUACUGACGGUGCAUGUACAGAAGGUGAAAUUUUAGCACAAGAACUUAUUUUAAUUAUGACUUUGAACUGGAAUCUGACUCCUGUAACUAUCAACUGUUGGUUAAAUACUUUUAUGCAGCUUGCUUAUAUAGAAGAUGGAGAGAAUUUAAUUGGUCCUGGAAAAUACCCUCCUAAUUUAUUUGUGCAAUUAAGUCAGGUUUUAGAUUUAUGUAUUUUAGACCUUGAAAGCCUCAAAUAUCCGUACAGUGUCCUUAGUGCUUCAGCCAUUGCACAUUUAGUGUCAAAAGAUAUUGCUACUCAUGUAUCUGGACUAAGUUGGAGUGAACUACUGCCUUGUGUAAGUUUUAUGAAACCAUACGUGGAAGUAGUUAGUGAAAAUGCUGGAGCUCACAUUAAAAACUUCUCUGAUGUCCCAACAGAUGAUUGGCACCAUAUCCAAUCACAUACUGCUGGAUUAAAAUUGCUGGAUCAAGUUCAUCAAAAGAAGAGGUUAUUAGAACAAGAAAGCAGUCCUAGUUUUAGAAUUAGAGAACUAACGCCACCACUUAGUAGUAAGAAGAAUAAAAUGAAUGUUAAUUAAUUGGCGUUCUCAAAAUCUUCCUAAAAAUAAUCUCCUUUUUAGGUUGUCUAGUCUCAUUUACCCAUGAAAAUUUGGGGACAGUGCAAAAAAGUGAAGUCAUCUGGGAAUAUUUUUGUGGUGUUUUGUCUUUUCUUUUUAUGUGGGAAAUGCUUUUAGUACUACCUCUCAUCAGUCAAUACCAUUAAAGUGUCAUGAUAUUUUUGUACAAAUAUAAGAAUUUCCAGUUGACCAGACUUUAAUGUUGGAAUUUCAUCCUCAUUACAGUUGCAAUCACCAUAAGUGUUCCUUACAUUGCCAUAGUGUUAAUUGCAAGUUUGUGUUAGAUUGUUCUUUUUUUUCACACAAGAUUACUGUAUCUUCAUUUGUUCAUAAUCAUUCGUGGUUUUUAUCUAUUUUUGGUAUACUUAAUCAAAGUUUUACAUCAUUUUUUUUUUCAUUAUUUUGACCUUUUUAUUUAUCUAAUGCCUUAAUUUCAGUACUUAUUCUGUAAAGAUGAAAAAACAUUCAAUAUAGAUAUAGUGUUUCAAAGUUAGUGCUCUGUAAACAUCUCGUAUAUAUGAUAUACAUUAUUCUUCUUUUGAAUGAAUAGUGAAUGUUUUGAGCAAAUGUAGUGCAUUUUACUAAGCUUAGUUCUACUUGUUCUAUCUCUAAAUGUGUAUAAUGCAUUUAAUGAAUUAUGCUUUGGUUCAUCUUUGUUUGUAAAUGAAUUAUGGGUUUACUUUUUGUUUUAUUCGAUGAGUUUUAAGUGUUUUCCUGGGAAGGUUUUGCUAAUGGCAAAUUUUAUGUUGAAUUUGCAGCAUUUGCAUUAGAGAUACAAUUUUCAAGUAUUAAUUAUGUAAUAGAUUCUGUAGUGACUAGUAUUUAUCUUGAUAGACAUGUUUUCUCAGUUAAAUUUUUCAGCUGAAUUCUAUUAAAAAAAGCUCUUAUGUAAAUGAUUAUAUAUUUGUAAAAUAUUUUAAUGUUUUAAUUAAUGUCUGCUAUAACUACUAAGUGAGAGUGUUGUAGUAAAAAUGAGCAUAUUAUACUAACUAUUGAAUGCCUAUCACUUGACUUGGUCAGCCAGUUUUUCAUAUUUUCUUCCAGUUUUUUGCUCAUCCACUCAACUAAAAUGGCAGUAUUUGUAGGUCUUGCUGCUACUAUAAAAACAUCAACCAUUUUUUUCUUUCAAAAGAAAACCAAGAAAAAUCUACUGUCCAUAGAAGCAUGCUCUUGUUAAACUAAGGUUUUAACAAGGGUUAACAAGUAACUAGGUUUCAACAAGGAAUCAAGUUUGCUUUUUUUUUUUUUACAGAUAUGGGAGUUAUUUUUUAUUUUUCUUUAAGUAUGGCUGUUUUAACUGGCAUUAUACAUUCUACUGCAAUAUCUUUUGAAUUUUCACUAUCAUUUUAAUGUGAUUCAAUUUAUUAUUACAUUUCUAUGCAAAAUACAAGAAUUGCAUGCUCAUUUUCAAAAGGGGUGUGGAGCAAACUUAAAUCAGUUUAAAAUUACUAUUUUUUUCACGAUUUAACUCCUUCCUGUUGUAAUUUUUCAAGUAAAACAAUUUAAAGCAAUGGACUGAGAAAUUGAAAUUUUAAGAACUGACGUAUGUACUGACUGGAGUCUCAGCACUGAAUACAUUGAAAUCGCUCCUGAAGUUCAAAAGCUUAAUUUAAUUCAAAAAAUUUUAGUUUUUUUAAAAUUAUUUAGUGUGGAUAAGUAACAACGUCCAUUACUUAUUCAAGUUCAGAGUUACCUGCAGUGCUUUCAUGCAAGUUUUUUUUUUUCUAUGUUACAUGCAUAGUUAAACUAUAAAAAAAAGACAAUAAAACUUCUCGUUAAUAUUUGUUGUACAGUUUAUUAAUGGUUAAAUAUAUGUUGCCUAUUUAUUAUGUAUAAACUUAUUUAUGGACUAUGUCUUGAAACAUGACUGUUAUAAUCAUGGACUUUUUGACGAAAUAUAA